AUGUCCGCACCUCCUCAAAGAUCUCAACCCCCACCAAAUCAAGCCCCAAAAACGGUAAACGAAUUCAAAGUUGUGAUCCCAGAGUAAGUUCCUUUCUUUUUUUUGUGUGAAUUUAGGAUCGAAUGGAGAAAAAAAGAUGAGUGUUGAUGCUGCGAGCUUAUUUUUUGGUUGUUUUAGGAGCAAAGAUGCCGUUCGAUAUUCGAUUCUCCAAUUCAAUGGCCCGUUGAAUAUUGAUCCGGCGAGGUGGACCAGCUGCGAGCUGAAAAUGUUCCGAGAAGAUAAUAGAGCACAUGUAAGUGGAGGUUGUAAGAUAAAAUAUUAGCAUUACAGUUGGGGGCCUUGUCCAGUGGCAAAAAACGUACCAUUUUGCAUCCGGGAAGCAUCAAAAAUGUGGAAAAAUGCUUUCCUCUCCAAGUGAAAAAACUUUGCGCUUUUGAAAUCGGAGUCUUUCACUUGGAGAGGGAAGCAUUUUGCCACAUUUUUUGAAUCUUCCUGGAUGAAAAAUAGUUAAUUUUUUUGCCACUGGAUCAGGUCCCCCGCUGUACCUCGAAUUGUUCAAAAUUUUGACGUUUUUUUAGUCAAAAAUGAUGAUUUUGUUCGAAUUUGUACAUGGAAAUCCUGAGAAAUUUUAGUUUAUUUUUUUAAAAGUUUAAGCAAGUUUCAUCAGAAGUUUUCUCUUCUGAUUUUUAUGUCUAACAAGAUGGACGUAUUUCACCAAAAUAAAUCUGAUUUUUCUUUGGUUUAGGCUGUUGGGACCUCGGCGAUUGUCCAAGACUACGGCGAAGGCUCGGAAUACGGUCGGGCAGCCCGAGAAGAAGCCCGAAGAAAGAAGUAUGGCCGACAGUCCAAGAAAUAUCAACAUGAUCGACAACCAUGGAAGAUGCUGUUGAAGGAUCCGAGUAAAGAACCGCAGGAACGACGAUUCAGAUCGGUGUGUGAAGGUGGAGCCGGUGAACAUUCGGAUUAUUGGAUUUUCUCGAAGGUAAGAGAAUUUUCGGCGGUUUUAGAGAGGAUUUUAGGAGGGGGAUCACUUUGGAGGCAUUUGGAUACUUUUUGAGGGCUUUGGAUGCUUUUUAUUCUUUUUGAUUUUUUUUUGUUAUAUGGAGUAUUUUUGGGUCGUUUUGAGUGGACUUUCGGAUUUCUGAGUACUUUUGGAAACUUUUGGAUACUUUUUGAUCCCUUUUGACACUUUUUUGGAAAAAAUUUGUUUUUUUGAUGUCUAAAAUAAAUUUUUUCAGCGCGGUGACUCAUUCGAAGCCCAUAAAGUCGAUGAUUGGUACCGUUUCAUGCCCACCGCUCGCCACAAAACACUUGAUAUUGACCAAGCAGAGGAGCAAUUCCAGCUCCGUAAUAAAGUUCUUAAUCAGUUUGCCCUGAAAGCCAAAAUCCAACAGACCCUCAAAGAUGCUGAUGAAGACAACGGCAUGGUCUCAAAACCCGGUGGAUUGGUAAGAAUUUGAUUUUUUUUUUUUUUUUUUGAUUUUUGAUGAUUUCGAAAAUUCUUUCAGAAAAUCAAAGAUGCCGGAUCAGACUCGGAUGAUGAGGGUGGCGCAGACAAGGACGAAAGCCAGGGAAUUCUUGAUGCUAGCGCUGAAGUUUCCAAAAAUGGGAAGAAAAAGAAGGGAGGCAAGGGAAAGAAAGACAAGAGAGUUCGAGUCGAGAAUUCGGAUGAAGUUGCUCGAUACGAGUCGGAAGAUGGGGAAGAUGAAGGCCGAGAAUACGACUACAUGAGCGACUCUGGAUCGGAUACAAGGUUGGUGAACGAUUUUGUGGGAUUUUUGGGUUGGAACAUGUAA